AUGUCGGCGCCUACACACCACCCCGUGCCUGCCGAGGUGCCGUCGCCGUUUGUGUUCGACCGCGUCGAGGACGCCGUGGCCGCGAUCAAGGCCGGCGAGUUUGUGGUCGUCAUGGACGACGAGGACCGCGAGAACGAGGGCGAUGUCAUCUGCGCCGCAUCCAAGAUCACCGAGGAGGGCAUGGCGUGGUUCAUCAAGUGGACGAGCGGGUUCAUCUGCCUCUCGAUGCCGCCGUCGCGCCUCGAGGAGCUGCGGCUUCCCCCGCUCCUCGCUGCCAGCGGGUCGAGCGAGGACCCCAAGGGGACGGCGUACCACCUGACCAUCGACGCCAAUAACUCGAAGCACCCCACGACGACUGGGAUCAGCGCGCACGACCGCGCACUCGCUUCCCGACUUGUUGCAAGCGGCGCGACCGCCGACGAGUUUACCCGUCCAGGACAUCUCGUGCCCCUACGCUACACGACGGGCGGGACGCGCGUGCGCUUCGGACACACCGAGGCCGCUGUUGACCUCUGCUACCUCGCAGGCGAGCCGCCAGCCGGCCUGCUGUGCGAGCUCGUCAACCCCAACGACCCAAAGGGUGCCAUGGCACGCCGCGACGAGAGCUGGCGCUUCGCCCGCGAGUGGGGCCUCAAGUGCAUCAGCAUCGAGGACAUGCGCGCGUACCUCGCAACCGACAAGGGAGCCGCUGUGCCCCACGCGUGA